AUGUAUCGGAUAUGGCUUCUGCUUUUCCUGGGAGGAUUCGUGGUGCCAGGUGUGUGGUCCGUUCAGUCCCUUGAGAUGCUUGUGGGGAAGAUUCCCUUCCUGCAGGCAGUGAAUGGCAGCACAGUCAUGUUGCCUUGCACGUACGCCAGCUGUAUCGGCAUCAAAGACCUCUACUUCAACUGGCAAUUCAAUGAGAACGGCACUAUGCAGAAGGUGUGCGAUUCAACGAUAGUGUCAGAGUCGUCGGUGCCACAUGUGAGUAUAUAUCGAGAUCGGGUGGAGUUUGUGGGGAACAACAUUAAGAACAACGUCUCCAUCCUGCUGUGGAACAUCACCUUCGAUGACGGAGGCCAGUACACUUGUUUUGGACGCAACCCUAAAGAGAAGGGCAGGAACCACAGUACCAUCUUUACCCUCAUUGUGGUGGACGAGUUGAGGGUGGUGGACAACACGCUGACCAUCAUGAUAGCCUCAGCUGUGGGCGGAUCCAUCGCAGCGUUAAUGGGCUUCAUGUUGAUCAAGAACUUCACUCUCUUUGUUCUUUCCAAGAUUGAGGAGAAAAAUAAAGAGUGCCUUGUAACUUCAUCAGGGAUCGACAACACAGAGAAUGGCCUCUCAGGAUCCAAACAGGAUUCAAAACCAACACCAAAAAAGAAAUGAGAAAGUGCACGUAUAUAAACCAUAUGACUACUCAUAUUUAUGUACCUUCUUAGCAUAUAUUUGUAUAUGCCCAUGUGUUUGCACACAAGCAAAUUCAUUAUGUUCAGGUUGGUUCCUAAAAACUGCCUGGCUGUGGCCUUCAAAGGGUAAUAUAUACAUGUGCACACAAUGCUACUGCAUGUGCACGGAAAAGUAACUGUGCAGAUGGUAUACAACUAAAGCAAAUAAGUGUGCACAUAUUUAUUUAAAAUGUGCUCAGAAUUGAUUAAUUUACAUCUAAAUGAUAAUUGCACCUACCAGAGACACUCCAGCUUGAUUUAUUUUAGAUUAAUGUCUUAAUCUUAUAAUAUUUACAUCCCACCUUCCACCUGAUCUCCCAUACAUCUACCUCCUUUGCCCACUUUGGUUAACACUUUACCAGAAACAAAUAUGUGUUGUUAUCUUUGUAUUUCUUUGGGUGAGGCCAGUAACUGUUACCUGUUAAACUUCUGACAAUUUAAACUGGAGUGCACUUUUCUUAAUGAAAUGUGGCCUGGUGGCACUCAGAGCACGAAUAUCAAGUCCAAAAGGUCUCUAUGGAAAACAUUGUUCCUAAAUUGUCUCUGGUUUGACUGUGGGACUGAGAAGUCAUCUGACAACAGCUGUGCAGGACGUGUAAUCUUAAAGGUACUUUCACGACAGCAAGAAAGCAUGACGCUCUACACCAAAAAAUCUGGAACCUUUUCAACUGGUUGAUUUCCCACUGUUUCCGCAGGCUCUGUAUAAUAUAAACAUGAGCAAUUUGGAUGAGAUUUGUUGAUCUAUUGGUGGAUGUUUGGUCCUUCUAUAGAGUCCCACUGGUAGUCAUCAUCUAAUACAUCCAGAUCAAGCAAAUAAGCAACAUUUAGCCUGUCAUUUCUCACUAUUUUCUGUGCAUUUUUAGAAAGACCCCACUUAAAAUGCUGUGUAGACACAGGGAGCCGCUUAUCUUGCUGGCAAUGGUUGUUUGUGUCUACAGGUAUUAUGCAGUGAGUGUAAACUAGGGGAAAGCAUGCUUGUUACUGCACAGUAAGAUGCAUGUCUCUGGUAGAUGGUUUCUUGUUGAAUUAAUUACAUUAAAACAAAAUUAUGUGCACAUUUUAUUAAAUUAUGGGGAUGUGUGUGUGUGAAUUUGUGUGUACACGUUAUUAAAUUGUGUGUGUGUGGGGGGUUAUUUACCAAAAAGAAAAGUUGUAUAUCAUUUUCCACAUAUAUCAAUAAUUGUCUAUGGCCACAGCCAGAGUGCAUAAAACAUUUUAAACUUGUCUGUUUUUCAUCUGAAGUCAAAACAAAAAUACUUUUUGUUCAAGUGCUUGAGACAGGAUAUAAUGCAAUGUAGUUACAGCUGGUCUGAAUCCUUCUUUAACCAACACUAAAUCCACAGUAGCCCUAAAUCCAAUGAUCUAUCUAUCA